AUGAAACAGAGUUAAUGAAAGAAAUAUUAUUUUAUUUUCUACUUUCCACGUGUGCCCGUGAUUAUGAAAGUUUUAGUCAAUGAAAUAAUUGUUAAAUAAUUGUUAAAUGUGAAAUAAAUAUUUUUAUAACUUUUUAUAGGUUAUAAUAUUUUAUAUAUAAUUAGCCUAUAUUAUAUAUAAUAUAAUCUAUAUAACCUAUAACCUAUAAAAAGUUAUAAAAAUAUUUAUUUCACAUUUAACAAUUAUUCAUAUGAGGCAAAGGUUAAUCGUAAAUUGUAGAAUAUAUAAGUUGACGAAAUUAAAAUAUACUGUAGAAUGAUAAUCUUCUUAUAUUUCAGGAUGUCGAUGUAAUCCUAUUGGUUCAAUAACCACUGCCUGUGAUAUCAUAACAGGACAAUGUCAGUGCAAACCUCAUGUCGCUGGCAGACAAUGCGACCAAUGUAUGGAUGGUUUCUGGGGUUUGCCAACGGGAGCAGGCUGUGCUCCUUGUGGAUGUGAUCCUAUAGGUGCAUUCAAUUCUUCUUGUCACGAUAGUAUAGGGCAAUGUCACUGCAAACCAGGAGUGACUGGUGCACGUUGCGACGUCUGUUUGCCUGGAUAUUAUGGAUUCUCAUCCAACGGAUGUCAAGUUUGUGACGCCUGUGUACGGCCAGGUCACAUUUGUGAUCCUGAUACAGGUCGCUGCGUGUGUCCUACUCUGACCUUUGGUGAGCAUUGUGACAGAUGCAGACCAGGUUCCUGGGAUUUGGUCUCAGGAGUUGGUUGCAAACCUUGUGCAUGUACCCUUGGUUCUAUGAAAUCUCAGUGCGACCAUCAAGGACAAUGUCCCUGCAGAAUAGGCUACAAUGGACUUAGAUGUGAAAAGUGUGCAAAAGGUUAUUAUGGUUAUCCUAGAUGUCGACCUUGCAGCUGCAACUUAGCCGGUACUUUGCAAUGUGACAAUGGCACUUGUGAUUGCAAUGAUAAAGGACAAUGUCCUUGCAAGGAAUACGUGGUUGGAAGACAAUGUAAUCAGUGUAAAGAAGGUACGUUCGGUUUAGCAUUGAAUAAUCCAAAAGGUUGUACUGAAUGCUUUUGUUUUGGAAGAACAACUUCAUGUCAGCAAGCUGAUCUUAGUUGGGGACAACGAAGAUUAACACAUCCACGAACUCUUUAUAUCAAUGAUACCAUCAACGAUAUAAUAGUUUCUAAAUUUAGAUCACGAAUAUUUUUAUCUCCUAUUAAUGGCGGUUUAAACAUGACCAAUGGACUUUCAACGAUUCCUGAUGUUGAAGGUGAUAUCACGAUACCAUCACAUUUGUAUUAUAAUUACCCACUCUAUUGGAUGUUACCAGAAUCUUUUCUUGGCGACAAGGUUGUAUCCUAUGGAGGAUUUUUAAGAUUUACAACUUCAACUGAGGGUGGAAUACCUUUAAGAUCAAAUUUUCAAUAUCCAAUCGUGCAACUGCAAGGAAAUAAUAAAAUCGUCUUAGAAUACUUUUCACCCGUAUCUACGGAUACUAAUCAUUACGAAAUUAGAUUUCACGAAUCUUUAUGGCAAUUACAAAACAGGCCUGACUACAAAGUUACGAGAGAAGUUCUUAUGGUUGCUCUGCAAAAUUUGCAAUAUAUUUUAGUGAAAGCCUCCGAUAAUGCUGAAUUUAUGAAAACAACCUUGCUGAAAGCUUCUAUAGACGCUGCAGUUUUAACUCCCACACAUAUACCUCAACUUGCAACUGGUAUCGAAAUUUGUCAGUGUCCUCCGCAAUAUAAUAGCACAUCUUGUCAAAAUCCAAGUAUCGGAUACUAUCGGUGGUAUAAUAACACAACUGUCACAUCGACCAUUGUUAUUGAUCUUAUUGGAGAAGCAAAACUCUGCCAGUGUAAUGGAAGAUCUGAUAUUUGCGAUAUAGAAACAGGACAUUGCCUGAAUUGCCAAGGAAAUACCGCAGGAUCAAGAUGCGACUUUUGCGCAGACAGUUUCUAUGGACAUCCAGACUUUGGUUGUAAACCUUGUCCCUGUCCACAAGCAGAUAAAAGAUUUUCAAACACUUGUACGGUUCUUGCCAAUGCGGAACCAACUUGCGUUUGUAAACCUGGUUACACUGGCAGAAAAUGCGAACGGUGCUCACCCGGGUAUUACGGAUCUCCCCAUGUUCCUGAUGGCAAAUGUAUUCCAUGUGAUUGCAAUCCUGCUGGAAGUUUGAACGAUGAAUGCGACACAGAAAUGGGACAGUGUAGAUGUAGAGCUGAUUCUACGGGUCGUGAUUGCUCUAAAUGUACUGCAUAUCGUCAUACGAAUGAACAAGCCAAACGAGGAGAUACUCUGAAGUCUAAAACCAGUGAUUUAGAGAAUAAUAUAUUUAGUGCAAGAAUUGAAGUGGACAAUCUACGAAAAUAUAUAGAAGAUACAAUCUUAUUAUUAGAUCAAUAUACAAAUGAUAACAAAAGGAUAGAAAUCAAAAAAGCAUUGAAAAUGGCAAAAAUGAUUUUAAAUGGUUUAAAAGAAGUAAAUUUAACAAAGAAGACAAUGGAAAUAGAAAGUUUUCUCGAGGAUGUCGCAGAAUACACUGAUUGGUUGAAUUCUUUAUAUGAUGGUACGGAAUCAUUAACAAUUGCUCAAGACGAUGCUGAAGAAUAUUCUAUAAAACUAACUGACAUGAGAAACAUCAUAGAAAACACAAUGGAAACACUGUUUACCUACGAUGGUUUAUACAACAAUAUCAAUCAAACGUUUUUGGAAGCUAAAAAUCACUAUAAUGAGAUUAACACGUUAUGGAACACAAUUAAUGCAUCUGUUACUGAAGGGGAAAAGUUGACAAAUGAAACGCAUGGUUUCAUCAUUGAUUUUCAAAACAAUAUUCAAGAUCUUCCGGAACUGCGAAGCAAAUUAACAUACUGGUUUGAUAAAUUGAGUAUGAAGGAAGAACUACUAUACAGAUUAAAUUACGAAUAUAAUGACACUUACGUGAUAUCUGCGAUUACACACGUGAAGAAUAUAUCGAACUACGUUAAUCAGUAUGUCAGUCUGUUUUCCGAGACAAAGAACAUCGCAGCUAGCCCGCUGAAGGCCAGUCAAGCAUACAAGAAUAUCGUCGAUAACAUAAGAACUGCAAAUAUAACAACAAUGGCAGCUAAAGAUAUUUCUGAAGAUACAUACGAUAAGGCAUUCCCUGAUGGCCCCAAAUUAAAAUCACUCCUGGACAACGCUAAGGAAAUAUUAGCAGCAUCCUCCAGACAGGAGAAUAGUGCAAAUAAAAAUGCAAAUUUAGUACAAAGCGCGAAUGAAGCAUUGGAAUUACAAAAGGAAGCUGUGAAUAUUUUGAAAAAUACUCUGAACAGCACUGCAAUGAAAGACAAUCAAGUCAAUGUGAAAUUGCAAAAGUUGCAAGAUGACAGUAAAAAACUACGUGAAAAUGUUAAAAAUAUAUUACAUGAGAACGAAAAGGUAUUAGAAAGUAUUAAAAACUCGCAGAAACUUAUUGGAGAUUACAAAGAAGGGAUUGCUAACAGAUUGAAACCGAAAUUGUACGAUUUGAAACGAGAAGGUGAUUCAGAAAUUAGUUUAGCCAUGACAGAAGCACUUAGUAAUACAAAAAAAGCAGAUGCAAAAUUAAUAAGUUUGUCAAAUGCCACCAUAAAAAGGAAAAUGGAAUUUGACAAAUGGAACAAUACGUUAGCUACAAAAUUACAGAAUCUCAAAGACAAGAUUGCUGAAGCUAGAAAUACCGCUGAUGGAAUUCGUGUUUCUUUGAGAUCAGCAGAAGGGAAAGAAUGCAGUCGAUCCUAUAGACCAUCCACAUUACAACCAACAUCGACAAACACAAUUGUAAUGACUUUUGCACUUCCAAAAGGGAAAAAAGAAGGCUCUCUAUUUUAUUUGCCAAGUAGCAUAAAUGAUGAUUUCCUUGCUUUAGAAAUCGUUGACAGGAAAGUGAGAUUUGUAUGGAAUGUUGGAGGAGGAACAGGAAUUCUUACACAUCCUGAAAUGUUACAAAGUGGUGAUCUUCAAGAUGAUACAAUCUGGUAUCGUGUAGAAGCUGAAAGGGUACGUCAUUUAGGCAAACUAUAUGUGCGAAAACAAGCGUUAACAAUGAGAGAACAGCCUCCUGUAAGGAAUUCGACAGACUCUGAGUACGCCCGGUUCGACAUUACUACUUCAGAUCGUGUUUGGAUAGGAAAAAUUCCAAGAACAGAGCGUAGAAGAACGGAGCUUGUUGCGUCUAAUGGACUUCCAGCGUGUGUACAUCAAGUUAUUCUAGAUGGAAAACCUAUAGGUCUUUGGAAUUUCAUUACAACUGCACCAGAUAUGGCAUGUGAAGCAUGUGUGGAAGGAGUCGAAGAUGUCAGGGAUGAUAUAGCUUACAGCUUUAAUGGAGAAGGAUAUGCGGUCAGAAAUAGGGUUUCUUCAGGACCAUAUAAUAAAUAUUCAUUUGGAAUAUCAAUUAGCUUCCGAACUUUCGACGAGAAUGCCUUGCUAUUUUUGGCAAUUAAUCCAGAUAAUAACCAACACAUCAUGAUAUUCUUGCGUGAAGGGAAAGUGAUCCUGCAUAUUGGUUACGGCGGUAAUGUUAGUAUGGAAAUGUCUUCAAACUUUAAAUACAAUACUGGAAACUGGACAAAAGUGGAUGCAUUUAGACAUUAUCAUUUACGUAAAAACAUUGAAAAAUGUAGUUUAAGUGUAGAAGGAGAAAGCGAUAAGAGAAUCGGUGCACCUGCACCUCAACCCAAAAAAGAAGACAUUCCUGACUUCGUUCAGGCUAAAUAUUACAUCGGUGGUAUUCCACCAAGUUUUCGCGCAGAAAAGUUAAUGUUACCAUCGCAGGUUUCAUUCCUUGGCUGUAUGUCUAAUAUUAUUGUUGAAGUAGGCUAUGAUCCAAUGGCUGAACAGUAUUAUGGUGUCGAACCUACUUGUGCAAAUAAGCCGUUAAGGAUAGUAGGAUUUUACGGAGAUGGUUAUUUACAACAUGCAGCAUAUACAUUGCGUAAAAUAAACUCCACAGUGAGUUUCUCUUUUAGAACAAUGCAAGAGGAGGCUGUACUUUUUCUUUCUACAUUCGAAGGACAAGAAGAACGUAUGCUUUUUAUACGACAUAUGAAUGAUGACUCGAUUAAGAAAAGUUACUAUUCUGUGUGCAUUAUCAAUGGACAAGUGCAAGUUCGUUUAAAUGCUGGAAGAGGAGAACUUGUUUUACAGUCGAAUGACACUUUUAAUGAUGGAAGAUACCACUCAGUAACAGUAAUUAAAAGACGAAAAGAUGUGGAAUUGCGAAUAGACGAUGCUUAUCAGAAGGCUGGUAAAUUACCCACUAGUGCUGCUAUUAGAGCUCCUGAAGAAAGCGGAGGAUUAUUCUUCGGAGGUUUACCAAUACUUAUUAACAAUACUAACAUGAUUUCUACCAUCACACCUUUGUAUGGGGCCAUUAAAGACGCGAUAUUUAAUGACGAAAUUGUUCGGUUUGACGAAGCUGUUAGUUUCGAGCAUGCAUUAAUUGGUCGGCCUGGACCGAGUAUGGGAAAAGAUCUUCCUACUUAUACACCAUCAGCAUCGCUAUCGAGAGGAAUGUCUACUCAACCAGAAGGAUGCCAAAAAGUGCCGUAUUACUCUUUGGAAGCCGGUGCUCUCAAAUUUGGAGACAAACCAAACAGUCACACGCAGCUUUAUUUAAAUUUUAAAAAAUUUUGGGAGAAGAAAUAUGCAAUAGAGUUUGAUUUCAGGACAUAUUAUCCAAACGGACUGUUGUUUAUUACUCCAGGCCAUAGACCAAAGCACUAUCUCAUGGUCGUGAUACGAGAUGGACAGCUUUUACUCUUAGUGAAAAAUAAACAGAAGAAAGAGAUACUGUUUAAAACACCGUUUAAUGAUGGUAACUGGCAUCAUGUAGUUAUCAGCCAUGACGAACGAAAGUUGACAUUGCUCGUAGAUUCCCAAACACCACGUACGAUUAAAGUACCAAGAAAAAUUGGACUGGCCUCCAUGAUGUAUAUUGGAGGCUUGCCUGAAAGUGGAACACCAAUACCUGAGCAAGUGGUAGUUAAACUUGAGACUCUAAAAGGAUGUAUUAAAGGGUUAAGGAUCAAUGGAAAUGUGUAUGAUAUGGUUGGUUCUACAAGUAGAGCUUAUCAAGUGGGACAAUGUUUCCCAAAUGUUGAAAGUGGAGCUUAUUUCCAGGAUGAAGCAUAUGCUAUAUAUAAGAAAAACUUUGAAUUAGGUGCCGUGCUAGAACUUCAGUUAGAAUUUAGAACAUCAGAAUUAUCGGGUGUUUUGCUUUCCAUAACAGCGCCUGGCCAUUCGCCUUCAGUAUCAUUGGAAUUGAAUAAUGGCAAGGUGAUAAUGUCUGGCGAUUUAGGAGAUAACAAUCCGUUAUAUGUAGAACAACGUUUUACUAGUCCAUACACGAUCUGUGACAAUCGGUGGCAUAGAAUACAAGCAGUUUUUAAUGACGAAGAAUUGGCACUAAAAGUCGAUGAGAUGGAUCAGAAGUAUGGCCUUCCAGCUAAUGUUAAUUAUCAUAUAAUGGAUUCUUCAGUCUCUGUCCCUCUAUACAUUGGUGGCUUACCAGCUUCUGCUCCAAAAGGAACAUUAUUAACAAGGGAUCAUUUCAAUGGAUGUAUAAGAAAUGUAAUGAUAGGGGGAGAGAGACGAGAUUGGACAGACAUGGACGAAUUGCAUAAUAUUCACUUGAGCUCCUGCCCAGUACAAUGAUAAUCAGUACAAUGUGUGAACUCCUCCUCGAGUCAUUCAGUUUAGUUCCAAAGACUGUUUAAAGAAUGCACAAUCCUCGAAAGGUUUCCGUGAACUGUAUUCAAUGCAAUUUCACACUGGGAUCAAGUGCCAUAUCAUGAUCGAAAAUUCUUUAAUCAUUAAGAUAUAAGAUAAAUGAAGCCAAGAGAUGCUAG